CUCCUCUUUUUACCUGCUGCUCUCCUGGUAUUAGUACAGUUUCUUUAUUUAUCUUUAUUUUGCUCCAAGCAAUCACAGUGUUCAGAGUUUCAGCAUCAAGUUCCCUCAUCAGGGAAGAACAACAAGGGCACAUAGAACGGAUUAUACUUCUUGCUCUCCUCCAAGGCCAUCAGUGCACACAGAAAGAGAGAGAGAGAGGGAAGACAGGUGUGCUCAGUCUCUAAUAAACUCAGUAUGAUCACAGGAAGGCACUGAAGUUGAUUACGUCUCCUACCAUUACUAUUAACAUCAUUGCUUGUGUCUUAAACACCCAGCUUUUAGGAAUGCUCCUCUAACUCAGGACGUGGUUUCUACAUUCUUUCCCGGUAUUACUACAUUAAAUCUACCUUUUCUGUCAUAGCUGUACAUUUCGCCAAUGGAAGCUUUGUUUAUCUUUCACUGGAUCCUUUUUUCUGUCUAGUUCUCUCUCUCUUUUCCUCAGAACCAAUCGGUUGUUAGCGGGAGGAGUCCCAGCAGUGGACCCGGGGGACGGAUAGCGGUGUUUCACGAGUUCGGAGGAGCGUUUGACGACUCCGGAGGUCCGAGGGCUGGUGGGGGGACUUGUUCGGGGGAGUCGUCUCCGGUACAAGCGAGCGACAUGCUCCCGCAUCAGAGAAUCGCGGGCCGAGAGCGGAGAACAUUUCACUUGGGAACCCCAUCACCGUGGGCCACGUGCGUGAGAGCGGCGUGCUGCAGUCGCAUGCGCUUCAUGUGGUUCUCUCUGAUGUUCCUGACGGUCCUCUGCGUGGCUCUGCAGAUGAUGGGAGUCGCCCGACAGGCCAGGAGCUCCAAGGAAUUGAAACUUGUGAGCGAGCAGCUGGUCAGAAUGCCUGCAGAGAUGCACGGGCCCAUAAAGAACAGAGACAGGAAAAAUCUUUGGACUGUCUCAGCAGCCAUUUUUGAGGAACCAGUAGACCAGCAACCUUUCAUACAAAGAAAAGACAAGAGUGAAAACCCUCAUUCAGAAGAGGAGAGGGUCCAAGUCUUGGAGGAUACAAGAAAAAAGCGUUCUAGCACUACCAAAGCAGCUCCACCAAUAGAGGCAAAUAAACUAUGGCUUGACCAAGAUUUUCCAAAGAAACCACAGAGGCCAGAUUUCCCCAAAAGGAUCCCAAAAAUGAAAACACCUCCACCCUCUGAUGACAAAGCUGAUAAACAUGCAGUAAAAUCACUAGUUGACGACACUGUGAUGUGUCAGCCCAAAAACCAUAUUGUCUUCCUCAAGACACACAAGACCGCCAGCAGCACCAUACUGAACAUUCUCUAUCGUUAUGGGGAAAGCCAUAAUCUGACCUUUGCCUUGCCAGCGAAAAUGCAGAGCCAGUUAUUUUACCCAAUAUUCUUUGCAGCACACUUUGUGGAGGGUGUCAGGUCUCGCAGCGUGAAGGAGUUCCACAUCCUGUGCAACCACAUGAGAUUCAGAUCACAGGAGGUCAGGAAAGUGAUGCCUAAAGAUACAUUCUACUUCUCCAUUCUUCGGAAUCCAGUGGCGAUGAUGGAAUCUCUGUUUGUUUACUACAAAUCAAUCCCAGCUUUCCGUGGUGUCAAAAGCCUUGAGGAGUUCCUGAUCCAGGGUGGGCGGAGCUACAAUGCGUCUGUGCCUUAUAACCACUAUGCACGUAACAUUUUGACCUUUGACUUCGGUCUGGAUAAUACAGCACCUAAGAGCGACACCGAGCUGGACAAACGUAGCGCCGAGGUCAUCGCCGCUGUGGAACGUGACUUUCCGCUGAUCCUCAUCUCAGAGUAUUUUGAUGAAUCGCUGGUGCUUCUAAAACAUGCCCUCUGCUGGUCACUGGAUGACGUUUUAUCUUUCCGCCUCAACAGUCGCAGUGAGCGCUCGCGCAGGCCCUUGAGGACAGAGACCGCAGAGCGGUUAAAAGAGUGGAAUUCACUUGACUGGCGAUUGUAUCAGCACUUUAAUGCCACUUUUUGGAAACGCAUAGAAUCCACACUCGGGCGGGUGAAGCUCCAACAGGAAGUUAUACUUCUGAGGGCAAAGAGGAGAAAGCUUGAGAAAACAUGUCUUCAGGAAGGAGGGGCGGUAGAUCCUGCGCAGGUCCAGGAUUCAUCCCUGAAGCCCUUUCAGUAUGGUGUAGCAGUUAUUCAAGGUUAUAACCUCCGACUGGGGUUAAACAAUGACACUCGUCAGCUUUGUCAGAGGUUGAUUACACCUGAGCUGCAGUACACCUCAGCGUUGUACACUAAACAGUUCCCUCAGCUGAGUGCCGCUGCUGCUGCGAAAAAAAAGAUUGGGGUUUCCAGAAGCACCGCAGUGCACAGAGCUGUUGAGCGCAAUGUUGAGACAAAUGUUCACACAGCAAUGAUGAACAAAACCUCACAUAACAAUACUAAUAAAGUCAGCAUGCAUGAACAGCUUAAACAGUUUAGCUAAUUCUGUUUCAGCGCAGGUGACUCUUAUGAGGAAGUUCAGUUUAGUGAAUCAAAACCAUGCAUCCCAACCAGAAAGAAGUCACUGAAGAAUGAAUCAUUCAAAAAGACAGGUUUGAUUAAUUGUUCACUGAACUGAAUCCAGCGAGGCACUGAAGCAAUGUCUGACUCCCUUACCUAACUAAAAGUGAUCAUUAUUUCCAGUGAUAUCCAUAUCGAAAUGAACCAAGGAUUUUGUCAGUAUCAUUUCAGCAUUAUUCGUCUUCUUUACCUUGUUUGCACUUUCUGUUUGAAAAUAAAUCAUCUAAUUUGUAUGAUUUUAGAUUGGAAGAGGCCUUUCAGCUGUUGUUUGUGUUUUUGUAAAAUGCAAACCUUUCUGCUCAUUAUGGCUAAGCUGGUUUUCUAGUAACAGUGGUUUAGGUUUCCAGAGUGAGUCAGAAGUUAAAAUAACAUGGAUAAAGUGUGUUUGGCCUAUGCAAAAGUACAGCUUCGCCUGAACUUGGUUUUUGUUAUAAUGCUUGGAAACCGAUUUAUACAGCAGUAUUGUGAAUAACUUGGAGAACAGGCAUCCACUUUGUAAAUCCAGCUGUUUAUUUCUGCAGCAUGUGACAACUGAUUUGUGGUUAAAUGUCACUGGAAGAAAAUGGAAAAUAUGUCACUGGCAAUCUCAGACACAUAAAUCAGAGCCUAAUGCAAAAUACUUUGAACGGAUCUGUUCGAUUUUUUUUGUGAUGUUUCCGACAUUCCAAUCUUAGAAGUGUUCUAUAAAAGCACUAAGGUCACACACAUUUACAGUUUGCUCGUGCUGUGGCAUAGUUGUGCACAGGACAAAUAAGAGCUGCUGGUUUGAGUCUGACCUGGUUCACGUCCUGAUCCCAUUUUAGCUUUCUCUCCCUUUUCUCUCUGCAUUCUGCAGUCCUAUAAAUAACAGCAAAACACCCCUAAAAUAAAAUGUGUGACCUUCAUUGUAUUAGAUAAAAAUAUCAAACCAG